AUGGCAGAAAAAAAAGUUAAAGAAAAAUACGAUAGUUCGUUCCCACAUGUAAAUAUUGGGACAAUAGGUCACGUUGACCAUGGCAAAACCACUCUGGCGGCGGCAAUUACGAAAGCACUUUCCAAAAUACACCUUGCCAAAUUCAAGGACUAUGGUGAUAUUGAUAAGGCACCCGAAGAAAAAAAACGAGGAAUAACUAUUAGUACUACUCACAUCGAAUUCAAAACUAUUUCUGGGCUCGUAAAUUAUUAUCGAAAAAUGGUUCUAGGUGAGGAAGUAGAUGAGCACAGUUUUGACUUACACGAAGGUCGACAUUAUGCCAUGAUUGAUUGCCCGGGACACGCUGACUAUCUUAAAAAUAUGAUUACGGGGGCUGCCCAAAUGGACGGAGCAAUUGUAGUUGUUUCUUCGGCCGAUGGUAGCAUGACUCAAACCAAAGAACACUUACUUUUAGCCCAAACUAUCGGUAUAGAAAGAAUUGUUGUUUUUAUUAAUGAUAAGACUAGUGACGGAUUAGACGAAGAUACCAAAAGUUUAUUAGAAGACGACAUUCGAACCGACUUACAGAAAUAUGGCUACGACAAAGAAGGAGAAGAGAGAACUCCGAUAAUUAUUGCUUCGGCUCUGAAAGCCUUAAAAGGUGACACUAACGAGGAAAACAAAAUUUUGCAACUUUUAGAAACCGUUGACAAUCAUAUAACUAUUCCCAAAAGAGACGAAAACAAACCUUUCUUAAUGUAUAUCGAAGAUGUGUUUAGUAUUACCGGUCAAGGAACAGUAGUUACCGGGAAAGUUAGCCAAGGAAAACUCAAAAAAGGCGAUGAAGUAGAAAUAGUAGGAUUUGGGCCCAAGAAAAAAUCAGUAGUUAAAGGAAUAGAAAUGUUUAAGAAGGAAGUAGAGGAAGCCAAGCCUGGUUAUGAUAUCGGGGUUUGCUUACGAGAUAUUAAACACGAAGAAGUAAGAAAAGGUAAAGUUUUAGCUGCUCCCGGAACGGUUACUCCGCAUAAAAAAUUCAAGGCUCAGGCUUAUAUUUUAAGCAAAGAAGAAAGAGGGCGUCACAGUCAUUUUGAAAGUGGAUAUCGUCCCCAAUUUUUCAUUUUUACGGCCGACGUGACCGGAACUGUGGAACUACCAGCCGAGAAAAAAGUAGCACCGGGUAGUAAAAUCGAAUUCAAUGUCGAUUUAAUUGAACCAGUAGCCAUCAAAAAAAAUGAUAAUUUCAUUAUGCGCGAGGGUGGAAUUACUAUCGGAGAAGGAGUUAUUACCGAAAUCUUAGAAUAA